AUGGCGAACCGCCUCCGUCAGAUCCAGAGCCACAUCUUGGCAAGCGAUGCCAGCGUCUCCGGUGGCCUGGAGAUGCGCGCAGUGUCAUCCAACGAGGAUGCCGAUUUCGAAGCUCGCGUGAAGGCCAUGAAGGAAUUCAUGGGCAGCGAGCGCUUCAAGUACACCACUCGUCCAUACAAGGUCGAAGAUGUGGUGAAGCUCCAGGGCACUUUCCCCAUGUACUUCAAUGGCGCCAAGGUGUCUGAGAAGCUCUACAAGAUGCUCCGGGAACACCAGGCCAAGGGCACCUGCUCCCACACAUUCGGUGCCCUUGACACAGUUCAGGUCACCCAGAUGGCCAAGUACCUGACCUCUGUGUACGUCAGCGGAUGGCAGUGCUCCUCCACUGCAUCAACCUCCAACGAGCCCGGCCCAGAUGUGGCAGACUACCCUUAUGACACCGUGCCCAACAAGGUGGAUCAGCUCUUCCGAGCCCAGCUCUUCCACGAUCGCAAGCAGUACGAGGAGCGACGUCGCAUGAAUCCAGACGAGCGCGCCAAGACUCCAGUGGUUGACUACCUGAAUCCCAUCAUCGCAGAUGCAGACACUGGCCAUGGAGGCAUCACCGCCACUAUGAAGCUCGCCAAGAUGUUCAUUGAGAACGGCGCCGCUGGCAUCCACAUUGAGGACCAGAAGCCUGGCACUAAGAAGUGCGGCCACAUGGGUGGCAAGGUGUUGGUUUCCACCCAGGAGCACAUUCAGCGCCUCAUUGCCAUCCGCUUGCAGGCCGACGUGCUGAAUUCUCCCUUGGUGCUGGUGGCUCGAACUGAUGCGGAGGCAGCAACCAUGAUCGAUUCAAACAUCGACACUCUGCAGAGCAAGUCCAGCCGAGGACAGUUUGUGGUUCUGCAGAUGACUCAAGUUUCUUUUAAAGUUGCCACAGCAAGACUUGCUGAGGAUACCAUUGAUCAUCCUCACAUCAAGGGUGUCACCAUCAAGGGCGUGGAACCUUUGUACGAGGCAAUGAGGAAGGGAACUGACAAGGACUGGGAGGAGCGUGCUGGAUGCAUGACCUUCCCCGAUGCCGUCGCCAAGGCCUUGAAGGCUAAGGGACAGGACCCAGCCAAGUGGCUCCAGGAUGCUCGCAAGAUGUCCCUGGACCAAAUGCGCAAAGCUGCCGCAGGCAUGGGCUGCGACAUCUACUUUGACUGGGACUCUGCUCGCUCGGUGGAAGGCUACUUCCGAAUCAAGGGCUCCACUGAGUUCUGCAUUGAGCGUGCCAUUGCCUUCGCCCCAUAUGCGGACAGCAUCUGGAUGGAGACUGGCAAGCCAAUUCUGGCUCAGGCGACUCAGUUUGCCAAGGAGGUUCGUGCUGCAGUGCCACACCAGAUGCUUGCAUACAACCUGAGCCCAUCCUUCAACUGGGACAGUGCAGGAAUGACCGAUGCUCAGAUGGAGUCCUUCAUUUGGGACCUCGCCAAGCUCGGAUUCUGCUGGCAGUUCAUCACCUUGGCCGGAUUCCACUGCGACGCCCUGAGCAUUGACCUCUUUGCCAAGGAGUACUCUAAGCGCGGUGCCGCUGCCUAUGUUCAGAUGAUUCAGCGCAAGGAGCGCGAAAACAAGGUGGAGACUUUGACGCAUCAGAAGUGGAGUGGAUCUGAGAUCGUGGAUGAGAUGGGCAACAUCGUCAGCGGUGGUCUCUCCUCCACGGGCAUCAUGUCCGCAGGCGCUCUCUUUCCCUUUGAUCCAACCCAGAAUUUUCAAGUUGGAGCACAAGGAGCCAUCAGAAAUGCUGCCGGUCCCCAGACGGAGGCUGCCAUCAGCGAGUUGCAGACCCUGCAGAGGCUUUGGGACUCUUCGCCUGUGGCCUUGGUGACCGGUGGAUAUCUCUCAGACAAACUUGCGUUGACCAUGACAGAGAUUCCCUACGAUGUGCUACAGAUUUUCCGGUCAACUCAGGUUGAAGCUGACCGGCACACUGCCUUGAUGAGAGAUGCGGGAUAUCGUACGUUGUCAAUGCCUACACUUUGCACUGGUGGCAUUGGCAUUCCGAUCCAGUUUGUUGCUUGGCAAGACCUUGAUGCGGCAGACUACCUUUUUUUGAACAGCGUUGCCGUUGCGGCUGUCCAAAGCAUCUAUCGUGACUUCUGUGAACAUCCAUCUGACCCAAUGCGGCUGCGCAUCUGCUGCUUCGAGCCUUUGCACUUGCAGAUGCUUCGAGCUGUGAAGGACGAGGUCUUUGACAAUUUCUACCGUGCAGAGGUUACAGAGGACCUGGUGUCUCUCCUGCAAAGGUCACAACGUGAACAUCCUGAAGAUAGGGAGGAUGCGUCUUCGGACGGCGAUGAAGCCAUGGCUCCGGACUCAAAGCCAUCGGAAAACGAUGCCAGCGUCUCCGGUGGCCUGGAGAUGCGCGCAGUGUCAUCCAACGAGGAUGCCGAUUUCGAAGCUCGCGUGAAGGCCAUGAAGGAAUUCAUGGGCAGCGAGCGCUUCAAGUACACCACUCGUCCAUACAAGGCCGUUGGCUGGGUCGAAGAUGUGGUGAAGCUCCAGGGCACUUUCCCCAUGUACUUCAAUGGCGCCAAGGUGUCUGAGAAGCUCUACAAGAUGCUCCGGGAACACCAGGUCACCCAGAUGGCCAAGUACCUGACCUCUGUGUACGUCAGCGGAUGGCAGUGCUCCUCCACUGCAUCAACCUCCAACGAGCCCGGCCCAGAUGUGGCAGACUACCCUUAUGACACCGUGCCCAACAAGGUGGAUCAGCUCUUCCGAGCCCAGCUCUUCCACGAUCGCAAGCAGUACGAGGAGCGACGUCGCAUGAAUCCAGACGAGCGCGCCAAGACUCCAGUGGUUGAUGCUUGGUUGCGAGACGGAAAGCAGCAUGUGGAUAUCACCUGGCAGCUUGGAGAGCAUGGAGAGAGGUUGGCCGGCAGCGGCCGGGCGCGCAGCAAGAAGCAAGCGCGCCGAGAGGCGGCCAAGAAGCUGCUGAAGCUGUUGCCCGUGGGAAAGGAAGCAGAGAUCCAAAUGCGAAAACAGAUGCUCCAGGGACUUCGCUACAAGUUGUCUGCCGAGGUGGUUGAGGAUGGGGUGGCUGGUGCCGUCAACAAUGAUCGUGGCCUCCAGCAGAUCUACCGGGUCUUGUGGAAAGUCCCCAGACCGCAGGGCCGUGCUCCAGCAGAGGUUUCAGCUGAAGGACGAGGAGGUACAGUGGCAGAAGCCCAGGCAGAUGCUUGGGAGAACCUCUACAUUCAAGCAAGACGGAAGAAUCUUCAUGCAGCUGCUUCCCAGGCAGUUUAUGAAGAACGAGAGGAACGGAAGCGCCAGCAGCUGGAGGACGCUGCUGAGCAGCGACAGCAGCAAGUCAACGAGGGCAUGUCAAUUUUGACCUCUGAAGCAGCGUCCGAGCUGGCAGUGCGGCACAAUACCGUGGUCCAACGUUUGCGAAUCCAGGCCAAGGAUGAAAUGGCGGCACAUGAGGCAGGCUACCAUUGCGUUUUACAUUGGUCCUGGGAAGAUCCCAGUGGCGAGUCUCGAAGUGCACGAUCCAGCGGUUUAGGCUCCAGCAAGCGCCAGGCAAGGGGUGAGGCCAUGCAAAAGAUGUUGGCAGAACAAGGCUUUGGAUCCUUUGAAGCCACUGCCCUCAACGAUGCUGCGAGAGUUCGAGGUUUGGCCAAAGCAGGGGAUCCUCAAAGCACGCCCUUGGCUUGCAGCUUCAUGUUAAAUUGGCCAACCUCGCAUUGGGGCUUGGUUUUGAUCGAAGUUUGGCAGUCAGCGCUAGCGCGGCAGGAUCUAGCGGCUGUGCAGGAGUUGGGGGCUGCGGUGCAAAGUGUGUCUGACGGAUUGGGGCCACAGCUCUGGGAAUCCCUUCUGGAUGCUCCAGCGCACGUGGCGUGUGGCAAAACUGCGAUGGAAGCAUUGAAAGCACUGCAAGGCGUCUCAUUGAUUGCCUCAGGUUUUCCGUCAAAGGCUCACAGGGACUACUUUCAACACUUUCGCUUACUCACUGCGAUGGAGCGGAUAGGUGCCAAUCAGGCCAUGGUGGAAGAACUUCGUUCACAAUCAGACGUGAUGUCUUUGAGAAUGAGACAGCAGAAUUGCGUGUUGCCUUAUUUGACUCUGGCUCCGGCAUCAUCUGGCAAUGCGCAUUGGAGCCCAAGCAUUUUCACUGAACUGCGCCAGGGUGAUGUGGUGUAUUUACAAUCUGGGGAAAGAGAUCACUUGGCAGUUAUCACCUCCAUCGUGAAGGAGGAUGGCAAGCAGAAACUCACCUUGCGGUGUCACACCUUAAGUCUGGACGAUGUUGAUGAAGAAUGGUUUGACGUUUAUGGCCUGGAAUCAGAGGUCACCACCUUGCGGUGCAUCUCCGCUUUAUGGUCUGCCAGCCAGCCGCAUGCUUCCUUAGAGGAGCGGCCUGCCACUCAGCUGAUGCUCAACAGAGAGAUGACCAAAAUCCUGGUGGAAAGCUUCCUGCCGGAGGGUCUGACAAAGGCUCGGGAGGUUGCAAGGUCUCUCCCACCUGGCUGUGACCCUGGGUCCAUGGAUCAACGCCUGCAGAUGCUGCAGAAGUCGAUCCCAAGCCAUGUGAACCUGUCUGAGUCGCAGAUGAGAUCAGUGCAGUCGGCCUUGCAGCAGCGGCUGACCUUGAUCCAUGGACCACCUGGUACAGGGAAGACCACUGCUGCGGUCUCAGUACUUUCAGCCUGGCGCUCCUUGGGAGAUCGAAUUCUUUGUGCUGCGGAUUCCAAUGUGGCAGCAGAUAAUUUGCAUCAAAAUCUCCAGAAGUGGGGAGUGAAAUCCUAUCGCUUUUCGCCGACUGAAAUGCAUCAGACUGGUGAACGAGCCACUGCUUAUCAACGGAUGCUUGCAAUCCAAGAUGCCAUCGGCAGCUUUCAGAUUGUCGUGACCACAUGUGCCAGUGCAGGUCAUGAACUUCUGCGAGGCUACAAUUUUCCACGGGUCUUGAUUGAUGAAAGCACCCAGUCUAUUGAGCCCAGCACGUUGCUGCCCAUCAUCAACGGAUGUUCACACCUGGUCCUCAUUGGUGACCAUCGGCAACUGCCUCCUACGGUGAUUUCAGAUGAUGCGAGACGUUUGGGCCUGGACCGAUCAUUGUUCGCUCGCUUGGCUGAACCCAAGGCAAAUGCUGUGGUGGAGCCACUGCUGCUCAAUGAACAAAGAAGGAUGCACCCAAGCAUCGCCGAAUUUCCGAAUCGUCAUUUCUACAAUGGCCUGGUUCAAGACCAAGUUUCAAGUCGACCUCCCAUUCCUGGUGUGCAGUUCCCGCAGCAGGAUGCUACACGAGUCUUGCUGGUGGAUUGUGCUGCAGAGACUGCAGAGACUGCAGAGGAACAGUAUGGCACCUCCUGGCGAAAUGUGGCAGAGGUUCAGGCAGUGCGAGACUUUGUUGCUCAUGUCCUAUCCCCCUCUCGCCAUGUUCCAAAGCCUUUGGAGCCUGAGCAGAUCGUGGUAUUGACCCCAUAUCUCCAACAAAAAGAGCUACUGCAAUCUGCUCUUGAGAAGGCAAAGCUGCAGGUUCGGGUUUCCACGGUGGAUGGCUUCCAAGGAGCUGAGGCAGAUCUGGUUCUGUUCUCUGCGGUCCGGGCGAAUCUCUCUGGACGCCUUGGUUUUCUGCGGGACACGCGCCGAGCCAACGUGGCACUGACUCGGGCCAGACGGGGCUUGGUGGUCUUUGCAGAUGCGACGACCUUGAGGGAAUCCAAGGGCUCCGUUUGGGCUACUUGGUUGGAAUGGUUAGAGGCCCGUGAUGGCAUCCGUGAGCUCGACGUGCGGCAGCAUGCGGCAGCGCAUGAUAUGCACAUCUUGUCUUCCACCAAGAGCCUUUGCAUCACUUUGUCUUUGGCACUCAGUGCGUUUCAUUUCAACUUCAACGAUUUUUCUGUUUUCAAGAACGCCGACGUGCUCAAUUCACCUUUGGUGUUGGUGGCGCGUACCGAUGGGGAGGCAGCCACGAUGAUUGACAGCAACAUUGAUCCCAUUGAUCAUCCUCACAUCAAGGGUGUCACCAUCAAGGGCGUGGAACCUUUGUACGAGGCAAUGAGGAAGGGAACUGACAAGGACUGGGAGGAGCGUGCUGGAUGCAUGACCUUCCCCGAUGCCGUCGCCAAGGCCUUGAAGGCUAAGGGACAGGACCCAGCCAAGUGGCUCCAGGAUGCUCGCAAGAUGUCCCUGGACCAAAUGCGCAAAGCUGCCGCAGGCAUGGGCUGCGACAUCUACUUUGACUGGGACGCUGCUCGCUCGGUGGAAGGCUACUUCCGAAUCAAGGGCUCCACUGAGUUCUGCAUUGAGCGUGCCAUUGCCUUCGCCCCAUAUGCGGACAGCAUCUGGAUGGAGACUGGCAAGCCAAUUUUGGCUCAGGCGACUCAGUUUGCCAAGGAGGUUCGUGCUGCAGUGCCACACCAGAUGCUUGCAUACAACCUGAGCCCAUCCUUCAACUGGGACAGUGCAGGAAUGACCGAUGCUCAGAUGGAGUCCUUCAUUUGGGACCUUGCCAAGCUCGGAUUCUGCUGGCAGUUCAUUACCUUGGCCGGAUUCCACUGCGACGCCCUGAGCAUUGACCUCUUUGCCAAGGAGUACUCCAAGCGCGGUGCUGCUGCCUAUGUUCAGAUGAUUCAGCGCAAGGAGCGCGAGAACAAGGUGGAGACUUUGACGCAUCAGAAGUGGAGUGGAUCUGAGAUCGUGGAUGAGAUGGGCAACAUCGUCAGCGGUGGUCUCUCCUCUACGGGCAUCAUGUCCGCAGGCGUCACUGAGAAGCAGUUCUGAGGCUGCCGGGCUGGUAUCCUUCCUGAGCUGCCAGCACAGACCACAGUGGCAGCUGACAGGAGGGUGGCGGCAGGAGCACCUUAACUCAUGAUUCUUUUGAUUUUCUUCAGCAGCAAUAGCUCUGCUGACCUCAAUCUGGGAAGAAUGGGACUCAUGGCUGU